CAGAAAAAAACGAUCCAUUUUAUUGUUGAUUUUAAUUUCGUUUUAAACUCUUUGUUUUUUCUGUUUUUUAUCCGAAUUGUUUCUCACAAUCAAAUAUAUCUCUUGUUCGUUCAAUUCUCGUUCCAAUUUGAAUAAUCACGACAGAGACGCCAAACAAUUUAUCGGUUUUUAGUAGUUAAGUUAAGUUCAUAAGUUCCAAUUUAAUGAGAACGAACGAAAAAAAAAGACGAAGAAGAUUGUGUGUGUAUGUGAAUAUAUAUAUGUUUCAAAAGUAAAAUAACAACAAUUAAAAUUAAAACAAAAGAAUGCGUUGAUGUUUAAUGUCGGCCAUCGAAGUAACGAGAAACUGGCAACAAUAGCUGAUCGAACUUAAUGAAUUGGGUGGGAUGCAUUUUCAUCGAUGGCAACAACAAUAAUAAGAAAAUGAUUUAAAUUGACGUAAUUUCAUUGGAAUCAGAUGUGAUUGCUGCCAUUUUAUCAUUGGCGUGUAUAAAAUCGUCAACGAAAGAAACCAUUGUAUUUUUUUUGUGUGUGGAACAUUGGAUCGGGCCAUAGACCAAAAGGAAGAGAGAGAGAGAAAGAGAGAAAAGAAAAGGAGGAGUAAUUGCAACAGAGCACAAACUAAUUACCAGAAACCCGAUAUGCGAUACAGAACGUUAAACCACAGUAAACAAAAACGGAUGAGAUAAUGAAUGUCUUGUGUGAUAAAUAAAUGAAAAGACAUUGCACGAAGUUGAAUACACAAUAAUUAUGAACGAAACCAAACAACAAUGUAAACAGGCGAUCAUUAAACGCAAAAGAAAGCGAAAAUUACGAUACGAACAACGAUAGGCCUGUGUAAUAUCAUUUCCUCUAUGUCUUAUUAGAAUAGAAGAAAACAAUAACAAACGAAAAUCGAAGUUUUUAUCCGAUUUUGAAUUUCGUUGAUUUGACAUUUAACAGCAAAAACAAAAUCAACCAUAUACACAAAGAAAAUUGUAUCAAAUACCACGUGAAGUGCGCAACAAUAAUUGUGAUAAUAUUCAAGAAAAAACAUUAUUUUUCGAAGUAUACUCCUUAAAUAAUAAAACAAAACAAGAAGUCAUUUGAAGAGAGAGAAAAAACCACAACAACAAAGCCCAUACAAAGAAUUUAAUUUUGUGAAUUGAUGUUGAAUAAAAUAUUAGUAGCAUUAGUAGUAGAUAAAAGCCAGUUUAUAUCGAAUGAUGGAAAGGAUGAUGAAAAAUCAAAAUGCUAACGAAACCGAUUAUGACAAACAAUUUAACGAAGAUUUGGAAAAAGCGACGGCGCUCAGUCUGGAAACACUGGCACUUGAAGAGUUUCAUCGCAACAAGUCUUCGCAUUUAUCGUCGACGGCCGGUUAUUCAGUGACCGAUGGAUCAAGCACAAGCAAUGCCAUGAAAUUUUCAUCGUCGCAAAGUAAUUUGUCAUCGGUGAGCAUAAAAUCAAAUCAAUCUGUAACGCGGCCACGACCUGGAUCAUAUGGUACAGCAUCAUCGACACCACCAACGACGUCAUUUGCAAACAGUGGAAAACCGUCGACAUUUCCAACAUCAUCGAGUAGCGGUUCUUUGGCACCGCCACCCCCAAGUACACAACGGAAUCUCAGUCGAAAUACAUCGAAAACCAAUGAAACCGAUUUAAUCUCAUUCAACAAUCCCGCUGAAAGCAUUUCACAUGAUAAUUUACUAUUGGCCAAUGACACAGUAACACUAACUUCACCUGUCAAUGAUUCACAUUCGAAUUUCAAACAAAUGGUCGAAGAAAUUCAUAGACGCAAUGCACAAUAUCAUGUCUCAUCAACGAUGCACGGCUAUCAACAACACGCGUCCGCAUCAAAUUCAAAUGCAAACAGUAUGCAACUUAUGCCGUAUACAGCACAAACAAAAACCUUGAACCCCGACGAACUAAGCAAACUAUACAACAUGAAUCCUUAUAAUCGGCCCCUGGCUAGUGGCACUGUUACGGGUGGCAGUGUUGCUGGUGGUAUGGUCAAUUUUCCAAAUAUUCAAAGCGGAAUUAACCUGGGUCAUAUUCAAAAUCAUGCAACAAACAUUACUAGCCAAAUGUCAUUAGCACAAGCUAACGCCAAUCCAGCACAAUACUUAAACUCGCCGCCAUAUAUUCAACAACAAGCUCGAAGUCCAGUUUAUCCGUAUGCAUACCAAUCGACAGCCGCUGGAGUUCCAUCGAUCGACCGACCAUUGAUGAGUGUUUCAAAUUUAACUUAUGCUCAACGUCAAACAAUGGCAGUUAGUCCAAUGACAAUGCAACAAUCACAAUCGCCAACAUUUCCAAUGAACUUAAGUACAAAUAAUGAGACCGCCUUGGUGCAUCUUCCUAAAAAGGAAUCGAUCAGUAUUGAAACGAAAAACAUUCCAUUUGGUCAAGAAUCUACAAAUUUAGCACUAAAAUCAACGAACAAAAUAUGUGAUAGUAUCAAAAGUGGUGGAGGAAACAGUGUUAUCAUGCGACGAACAUCUAAUGCCGCUAAACAAAUGGAUGAAGAUCGUGGGGGUGAAGAUCUUAUUGAUUUAGACAAUGGAAUUGAAGACUCGUGGCGUGUUAGCGUUUUAGAAGCAUUUGAUCCGUUGCUCUUGAAUGACAAUAGUGAUGCCAAUGAUCAAGGUGAUGCAGCUUCGGAGUGUGGAACUUCGUAUUAUUCGGAAUAUGAUCCAUUCGACUAUUUAUACAGCAGUGGAACACAAUAUUCAGAUCCGCUUUACGAAGCUGUUAAUAAGAUCGAUCGAACACCGUCGAUGACAAACAAUGAACUCUAUGCCGGUUCAAGUAUACCGAAUCAAUCAUUUGAUUUGGAUCAAAUCGGUGAACAGUUGGAAUCUUUUUUAACACCCGAUUGGGAUGAGAAAGAUGAUGAUCUAUCUGAUUUUACAAUGAUACCACCAUCAUCGACAGUGAUUACGGCACCACCAUUACCACCACGAAAUGCAACCGCACGUCAACCAUCUUUUAAUGAUGCCCAUCGGCCAAUCGUUAAUCGCACGAAUAAAUCAAGUAUCGAUCGCUUAAAAGUUGCCACAAAACUAUAUGAAAAUGUGAUCGAGAAUCGAACAUACGAUGCUGAACUACUUGCCUUCUUUAACAUGGUGAAACGCGUUCGCUCACAAUUCAAAUAUAAUGAUGAAACAACAAAUGUUGGCCACGUUGUCGCUGCCGAAUAUAAUAAUCAUUAUCCGGAUGGAACGGAGAUCAAAUUACUCGUGCAUCCACUGAUACCGGGCGGAACAUCAUCGAAUCAAUCAAUGACAACCAAUCGAAAUAGUGCCGGUGAUAGUGGCAUUGAAAUGACACCCGACGCUCUGAAUAAUGAUCAAAAUGGGAUUAACAAUCAGAAGGGUCAAAUUGAAGGUUACGGACCACCUGUUGUUUUUACAUGUGAUAUUUGGACGACAGUUGAGCACGUAAUGGCGCAUGUGUUUUGUGAAUUAGAAGGUCAACAGUGUACGGGCAGCGUAGAUGAUUAUAUUUUAAAGCCGAUUGGUGUGAACGAAUGGUUGCGGCCAACAUCGAAACUAAGCCAAUUGGAUUGUGUGCAUCAGAGUAUCAAACUGGAGCAAGAUGUUCAAUUUGGUUUGUGGCCAAAAAUCUAUGCAAAUCUCAAUGGUCUUGCGCGCACAUCGCAAGACGAUAUUCGUGAUGCGGAUAUCAAACCCGAAGAUAUUUUAGCACAUGAACCAGUCGAAACAAUAAGCUACGAUGGUCUUAUGAUUUUACUGGAAACAUUAGAAGAUGAAAUAGCACGAAUCGAAUCAACGGCCACCGAUUCACGGCCACACAUGCCAAUUUCACAGUCAGGAGUUGUGCAAGCGGUUAAAAUGAUAUGUGCUCUAUUCGGUUCAAUUGAUACGUUAAGCAUUGCGACAGCUAUAGAUGCAUUAAAUCAUGUUGUGACAAAUGGUCAAAAUUAUGGAUACAGUGAUACAUCAUCGUCAUCGAUUGGCGGCGGUUCAAUGCUUGAAGUAAGCAGCGAAGCGGGCGAUUAUGCAAAAGUAAAUUUGAGACCAAAAACAUUUGCCGAACAGAUAAAACACUGUUGUAAUCGAAUCCGUGAAUCCGUUCAAUUGUUGAUUGACACAUUUUCGCAUGCAUUUCGUGUUGAUUUCUGUGUAAAUACAACCGUAUUUCGAACGAAUCCAAUACCAAUUUCACAAGUAAGCGAUAGUGUUAUGGUGCAUGUGAUGUGCUUGCAUCGUGUUCCGCCACAUUGGAGGCAUGAUUACUAUAUGCUUGGUGCGAUGAUUUAUCAUGGUACACGUUAUAUUGGCGAUGCGGUUGUUACACAAUGUUCAAAUGAAAAAAGUGGUUUAUUUGCACGAAAUUUGAAAUUUGACUCAUGGUUACGAUUUGAUAGCAUUCCAAUUUGUACCUUACCAAGAGAAUCAAGACUGAUUUUCGUUUUGUAUGGAUGUAUUACCGAACCGGCUGAAGGAUCUUCUGCAAACGCAUCGGCUGCAACAAAUUCAAAUGUGACCAACGAUGCAAAUGAUGCCAGCGGCCCAAUCGAUCGCAAAGUGACCAAAAUCGAAUUGGGCUGGUCGUCGAUACAAUUUUUCAGUUUUGAACGUCAAAUGAUUGAAGGUUCGUAUUUAUUGCCACAAUGGCCACCAACAACUGAUAAAUUCCUUGGACCGGCACCAUCAAAAGGCACCCAUCCACAUGGUGAUCAUUGUCCAACACUUUCAAUUGAUGUUCCAUCGUAUGGUGGUCAAGUGGUUUUCCCAGAAAUAUCACAGAAAAUUGCAAUGCGACUCGAUUUUAAUAGUUUGGACAAGAAUCUGCAGCAAGAGCUAAUUGAUACAGCCGAACAGGGUUAUCCAAGUGCACUUGAUAAACGUGAAGUGUUGUGGGAGAAACGUUUGUAUUUGCACAAUUUUCCGCACGCAUUACCGAAAAUUUUACACGCAGCUCACAGCUGGGACUAUGAUAGCGUCACCGAUUUGCAUGCAUUGGUUCGAUCAUGGGAAUCACUUUCGCCAUUGCAGACGCUAGAAUUGUUUUUACCCAGAUAUCCAGAUAUGGUUGUACGCGCACAAGCCGUUCGAUGGAUGUCGGCCAUUUCAAAUGAUCAGUUGACCGUAUUUUUACCACAAUUAUUGCAAGCACUCAAACACGAUACAUACGAAGCAUCGGCUAUGGCCGAAUUUUUAAUAACACGAUCGUUACAAUCACCGCGCAUCGCUCAUCAUCUCUAUUGGUUGCUCGUUCAUUGUUUGCCCGGCGAUUCACCACAGAACACAAUCGAUCAAACGCAAUCGAACGAAAUCGAAGAGGCAAUCAUUACAAUGGCACGAUACAAUCGACGCAAUUUAAUGAUGUUACGAGCCCUAUUGGCCAUCUGCGGUGAACGUCUGUCGGGAAAGUUUUUAGCACAAAAUAUGAUGUGCACAUGUUUAGCCGAAGUCGCUGGUCAUGUAAAACAAGCGAAGGAAUCAGUACGACAAAAAGUGUUGGUGCAUGGCAUGGAGAAUGUCAAUCAAAUUCUACUCGAACAGCCGACCGCUCUGCCAUUAGGACCAAGUUUUGAAGUGACCGCUGUUAAUUCGAGAUCAUGUGGCUACUUCAAUUCAAAUACACUACCAUUGAAAGUCAGUUACAUUGGACCAGAUCGAAUGAUUUUGCCAGCCAUUUUUAAAGCCGGCGACGAUUUACAGCAGGAUAUGUUGACCAUUCAAUUAGUUCGGGUGAUGGAUCGAUUGUGGUUAGAGGAGGGUCUCGAUCUAAAAAUGGUCACAUUUGAAUGUGUUCCAACCGGUCACAAGCGUGGCAUGAUUGAAAUGGUUACCGAUGCCGAAACAUUGCGAAAAAUUCAAGUCGAAUGGGGACUAACUGGUUCAUUCAAAGAUAAACCAAUUGCCGAAUGGCUUGAACGACAAAAUCCAAGUCAAUUGGAAUAUCAACGGGCUGUUGAUAAUUUUACCGUAUCAUGUGCGGGUUACAGUGUAGUUACGUAUAUUUUAGGAAUUUGUGAUCGUCACAAUGACAAUAUCAUGUUAAAAACUUCCGGUCAUUUAUUCCACAUUGAUUUUGGUAAAUUCUUGGGUGAUGCUCAAAUGUUUGGCAACUUUAAACGUGAUCGAACACCGUUUGUGCUCACCUCGGAUAUGGCAUAUGUUAUUAAUAUGGGCGAUAAACCUUCGAUUAAAUUUCAACAUUUUGUCGAUUUAUGUUGCAAAGCAUUUAAUAUUGUACGAAAACAUGGUGAUCUAUUGUUGCAUAUGCUUGCAUUGAUGGCCACAUCAGGUAUUCCCGGUGUUACAGCCGAUGCAGUGAACUAUGUACGAAAUGCACUACUUCCGGGCCAAUCAAAUCCAGAAGCGGCCGCAUCAUUUGCAAAACUUAUUCACAUCUCAUUGAAAUCAUGGUUCACCCAAUUCAAUUUCUUCCUGCACAAUUUGGCACAAAUGCGAUUCACUGGCGACGAAUGCAACGGUGAACUACUUAGCUUUGUGCCACGAACAUACACAAUGGCUCAAGAUGGACGUCUUAAAUCUGUAACAGUUCAUGGAUUUCAAAAGCGAUAUGAUUUGGAAAAAUAUUAUACAUAUAUAUUGAAGGUGACACGACAAAAUCAACCAGAUCCAGCAUUUUUAUUCAGAUCAUACAAGGAAUUUUCGGAAUUCCAUCAAAAAUUAUGUAUACAUUUUCCGUUGUCCAAACUUCACAGUUUGUCAAGCGGAAUUCAUGUGGGUCGAUCGAAUAUAAAAACAGUAGCUGAACGUCGAUUGCCCGAAAUACGUUUGUUCUUAGUUUCACUAUUCAAUUCGGCCGAUGAAAUUGCUCAUUCGGACUUAGUCUAUACGUUUUUUCAUCCAAUUUUACGUGAUCAACAAGAGCAAGAUAUCAACGUAGCGAAAGUUAAAGACACCCGGCAAAUAGCGAGCCCGGCUGAGAAUGUUCGAGGUGAAAUCAAACUAUCGGUACAAUAUCAUCGUGGAGCUCUGACGGUGAUGAUCUAUCACGCGAGAUCAUUGCCACCAACAACAAGCGGACAAGAGCCAAAUACGUACGUCAAAGCCUAUUUGAAACCAGAUCCAACGAAAUCAACCAAACGCAAAACAAAAGUCGUGCGCAAAAACUGUUUCCCAAGUUUCAUGGAAACGCUCGAAUACCGAAUGCCAUUGGAGAAUAUCCAGCAUCGAUUGUUACAAGUGACCGUUUGGUCACAUGAUUCACUGCAGGAGAAUGAAUUUUUAGGCGGCGUGGAAUUGAAUCUGAGCCAAUUCGAUUUGAGAGAAGAAGUGGUCAAAUGGUUUCCACUUGGUUACGUUACACGAUCUUAAUUUGACCAAAAAUCAAUAGACAAUUGACGUUGCACAGCUUGUAAGCGUCGAUUUAUUUGUAUUGCAUGCAAUUAAUUGCUUUAUCUGUUUUAAUAUUUGUCUUAAAGAAAAACCAAUAAAUGUAUUGUGAAAAUUUAUUCAAGAA